UUCAGUCUUCGUACAGUCUUUGCUUUAACCCGUUCCAACUCUGUCCGCCGCUCAGCUCGUUGGCUCUCUAUAGGAAUCGAAUCGAAUCACCUAGUAUAACAGCAGCAGUAGCAUCAGGUCGGUAGCCCACGUUGUUCCCCGGUUUCGUUCCGUUCAGCCAUCAUUGAAAGUUGGCGUCGCAGUCGCAGUUGCCGUCGCUGCCUACGUCCCAAACCAACCACCGCCACACGCCUCCGCCAACGCCAGCGACAUCCUCUCUACCACCUCUGGUAGCACCAUCAGCAGCAGCAGCAACAGCACGGCAGCAGGAGCCACAACCAGCACCAGAACACUCUCACACACUCUCCACUCACUGACGAAUUUCAAUAUCCAAAUCAAAGUCGGGUUCAAAUCGAAAACAGCCGCAACAGCAGCAACAACGCCUCGCAAACAGCACGCGGAUAAUGAUAAAAAGAAAAUAACACGCGCAGUUCGCAUCCAGUGCCCGACUCGAACAGAUCACAUCAGUCCAGAUCCCAGUCCCCGAGAAUAUUUUAAUCGAAGCUUCAAAAAUUCACUAAUUGAAAAGUAAAAUCGACUCGACUUCCGGCUUCGUGGUGUUUUCACUUUUCGUGCGUGUCAAUCAAAUAAAAAAAUCCUCAAAUAUAAAACUAUACUUUAAUUUUCGUUUCCCAGUGUCUUUAUCGCACCUUGCGCUUUCUGAAAUAGCCAUAAUUACAAGACCCGCAAGGACAGCAAUAAACCAAACAAAAAUAUUUAUUGAAAAUAAAAUCAAGAGAGCUCACCACAAUAAAAAAAAAACCAAAAACUUCAUUCUACAUCCAACUUCAACGACUCUGACUCGACACUUAAUUGCAAUCAGAAACUGACAAGUCCCAGCAUAAAUGAAAUAAAACUAGAGCUAAAGGCAACCAAUCUCCGUACGUACUUCGUGGUAUUUUUCUUAGCCCAAUACAAUCCCUCUCCGAAACCCGCCCCGCCCAAAAACCCAUCAGCCAUCAACACUACCGAAUAGAAUUCAUUAAGAAAUUAAAACUGAAGAAAACAAAGUAAUAACAAAGUAAAACAAUACAGAAAGGCACAAAACAAGAAACAGACAAAAGUGGUGAAUUGUUGCUAAACAAAAUUCCAGUCGGUACGAAGCAGUAUUUUAAAUUAUAUAUACGAGCUAAGUGUAAUAAAGAGAUAUUUACAAAAACAGAUCCUGUUAAGACAUACACGAAAGAAUUGCAAAUUUUAUAGCAAUUUAUGAAUCAAAAUAUAUAUUUGGAUCUUCUGCUGUUAAUUUUGAGCGUAAUUUAAAAGGGAAUUUAAACUCUAUAUAGAGGUGGCCGGAAAUCAAUAAAUAAAGGUGACCACAGAAAAAAACUGCACGAACAAGAAAUCGGAAAAGGUGAUAGGCAAAUAAGUCGAAGGUAACGACGAUAGAAAAGUGAAAGAAUGCAAAGGUUGUUAAAUUGAAAAUUAUGUAUAAAUAUUUACAAGGAGCAUACAAAAUCCGUUUAAUAGCUACAUAUCAGCAUCAAAGGACGGCAAACAAACAAUUAGAAAGCACUUGAAAGAAUUUCCAGAAAAAGAAAGAAAUCAAACAAAAGUAGAAGGAAUAGUUAUAUACAUAUUAAUGCUACUCAACAAUCAAACCAGCCCCCAAAUUAACCCGAAAGUAAAGCAGAGUAGCAUAUUUUAAAUAGUUAAAUCCUGCAUUUGCCUACUGACAACGGUUGUAUGAAGGCAUAGAAAAGUCAAUUUUGUAGUUUAUAAGCAAGCAGUGUCAAUCAGAGACUAUCUCAAUCUCAAUCACUUUCAAUCGACUUGGAAAAUAACCACUGACCGAUUUUCCUAGCUUCGACUGCUCUAUCAUACAGUAAGGGGUUAACGAUUUUAAGGGAAUAGGUUUAAAGUGGGAUCGCCGGGUCUAAUCAAUGCCUCGAUCGACAAGAAAUCGCGUUUUGACAAUCACACGAAAUUAGCGUAUUUCAUAUACACAUCAGAUAUAGCGCCUACGCGCGUAAUAUAGGAUUUAUAUACAUUCUUCUCUACAUCAUAUAUUUAUAAAAACAAAAGUUUUUCUAGCCUAGGCACUUUACAGAUCUUAAAUCGAACCUCUAUUCUAUGACAAUCUCUAAGACAACCACUCUAAUCCAAAAAACUCUAAGGCUUAAAAAUAAUUAAAGCGGUCUUUACAAUCUACAAUCAUCUUACAAUCAAUCGCAACUUCAAACAAUCUUUAAACGGUUUUCAUAUCUCUAAAUACAUAUUUAUGAACGUCUAAAAUAUUAUUCAACCGCAGUAGUGAUAUUAAGCAUAUUAACAUUUUUAAUAACACUUUAAAAUACGCUCAAAAUCAAAAAAAAAAAAAAAAUAAAAGAAAUAAGUAAAAUCGUGUUAGCUGAUUGUUUUGUCCAUCGAAUUAGCGAAGCAACAAUUUGCGUAAAGCUUUACGUCACAAUAUUGGUAAAACAAAAAAUAUCGAAAACUAACUCAAUUGGCAUUAUAUAGAAACCAUAAGCAGAGAUCAUAUAUUCACCAAAUCACAAAAACCAACAAACCCUGUGCAAUUUCCUUAAAAUCAAAACCUGUCAAGAAAAUACCAAAAAUAAAAAAAUAAAAAAUCCAAUACUUCAAACGCGCCAAAAAGUAAAAGCUCUCGAGUAACAACCAAGUGCUAAAAUUAGAAGCGGAGAAAUUUAAUCAACAUUUGUUGCCAAUAAAACUGUCAUCAUUGCUGCGUUAACAGAAAACACGGCGUCAGCAGCGAUUGCAGCGCUCAGUAUCAGCAGCAGCUCUCAAGCGUCGCUUGCCGUCAACGCCCCCGCCACACCCACACCGCCGCCCGCUUCGUCAGUGGCAGGAGCAGCAGCUACGGUAAAGAACGAGAUCGUUGCAUCCGAUUCGGCCGAAUCCUCCCCUAUACAAGAUUUAAUAAUGCGCGGAAGCGACGAACUUUUGAGUCAAGCAGCAGUCAUGGCGCCCGCUUCCGACAAUAACAAUCAGGACCUGGCCACAAAGAAGGCCAAACUGGAGCCGGGCACCGUGCUGGCCGGCGGAAUUGCCAAGGCCUCAAAAGUCAUCCACUUGCGCAACAUUCCGAACGAGUCCGGCGAGGCAGAUGUGAUUGCCCUGGGCAUUCCGUUUGGACGUGUGACCAACGUGCUGGUGCUCAAGGGCAAGAACCAGGCGUUCAUCGAGAUGGCCGACGAGAUCUCCGCUACGUCGAUGGUGUCGUGUUACACAGUAAAUCCGCCCCAGAUGCGCGGCCGCAUGGUCUACGUGCAGUUCUCAAACCAUCGCGAGCUAAAGACGGACCAGAGUCACAACAACUCGAUCGUCCCGAGCGACUACCGCAUCCAGUCCCCGGCGGGCGGUUCGCCUCUGCCCCUUUGCGCCGCCGCCAACGCGUCCAGCAACAAUGCCAACAGCUCAGGCGACAGCAACAGCAGCGCCGUGGGAAUCUUGCAGAACAACACAAGCGCCGUAAGUGCGGCCGGCAACAACACGAACUCCGCCGGAGGACCUAAUACAGUGCUCCGUGUGAUUGUCGAGAGCUUGAUGUACCCCGUCUCGCUGGACAUUCUGCACCAGAUCUUCCAGCGCUAUGGCAAGGUGCUGAAGAUUGUCACCUUCACAAAGAACAAUUCAUUCCAGGCCCUCAUCCAAUAUCCGGAUGCCAACUCCGCCCAGCACGCCAAGUCGCUCCUGGACGGGCAGAACAUAUACAACGGCUGCUGCACGCUGCGCAUUGAUAACAGCAAGCUGACGGCGCUGAAUGUUAAGUACAACAACGACAAGUCGCGCGACUUCACGAACCCGGCGCUGCCCCCUGGUGAGCCGGGCGUGGACCUCAUGCCAACCGCCGGCGGACUGAUGAACACUAAUGAUCUGCUGCUGAUUGCCGCCAGGCAGCGACCUUCUCUCACAGGUGAUAAAAUAGUCAACGGCCUGGGCGCCCCGGGAGUCCUGCCGCCCUUCGCCUUGGGCCUGGGCACUCCACUGACCGGCGGCUACAGCAACGCCCUGCCCAAUUUAGCCGCUUUCUCGCUGGCCAACAGCGGCGCCCUGCAGACGGCCGCUCCUGCAAUGCGAGGUUACUCGAAUGUCCUGCUUGUCUCGAAUUUAAAUGAGGAGAUGGUCACGCCUGAUGCUCUCUUUACCCUUUUUGGUGUAUACGGCGAUGUGCAACGUGUAAAGAUUCUGUACAACAAGAAGGACUCGGCACUCAUACAAAUGGCGGAGCCCCAGCAAGCUUAUUUGGCCAUGUCUCACCUUGAUAAAUUACGUUUAUGGGGAAAGCCGAUACGUGUGAUGGCAAGCAAACACCAGGCCGUCCAGCUGCCCAAGGAGGGCCAGCCGGACGCAGGACUCACACGUGACUACUCGCAAAAUCCGUUGCAUCGCUUCAAGAAACCGGGCAGCAAGAACUACCAGAACAUCUAUCCGCCGUCGGCGACACUGCAUUUAAGCAACAUUCCGUCAUCCUGCUCUGAGGAUGACAUCAAAGAAGCUUUCACCUCAAACAGCUUCGAAGUUAAAGCAUUCAAAUUUUUCCCGAAGGACCGAAAAAUGGCACUGCUGCAACUGUCGUCCGUGGAGGAGGCUGUUCUGGCACUGAUUAAGAUGCACAACCACCAGCUGUCCGAGUCGAAUCACCUGCGUGUAAGCUUCUCUAAGUCGAACAUCUAGAAUCCGAUCCGAAGUCAGGUUUACUGAACCUGACUGGGUGCCUCCGGCGGGUACAGCUACAUGCAGAUGCAUCAGCAGCAACACCUUCAGGUCUAUUGGCAGCAACAGAUACAAACUAUAAUCCGUAGUACAAGAAGAAUGCACGCAAACUUCUACUGAAAUGGCAGACGCUAGAAGCACUACCCACCCAAUCCAACAGAAUAAUCAGCGGUAACAAUCGAUGCAAGAGCUAUACCAAUUUUAAUCAAUGCAACUCACUCUAAGAACUGUUCUGUUUUAUACACCACCCUCCAGUGGGAAAAGACAAAAACAAUUGAGGAAUCUUACUAAAUUGAUAGAGUAAAAGUCAACUUCAAAUAAAUAUAUAUUUAAACUAUCACGAAAAUAGCAUUUCAAGUUAUGGCACACGCAGACAACAAAACAAACAAGCAACCCACAAACUAACAAUCAGCAACAUCGUAACGUAAGCUUAAAUUUAAACCUAUAGCUCGUAAGAAAACUGCAUUGCAUAAAAAAAAAACAACACAAGAAAUAUAUGAUGAGUAGAAAAGAGUUAAGUAUGUUUAAAGUAAAGAGAGAAAGAUCGUAACUUAAAAUAUUUUUAGUGCACUGUACUGUGUUUUGGUUUUAAAAAACGACAGAAAGUCAAAAACAUACGGAAGAGAAAAAUUAUGUUAAAAAUGAAUUAAGGCAAUGUUUUAUUAUGUACAUGAUGCUGUUAUUAUAUUUUAAAUGAAUGCAACUUAACUUUAAUUUUUUACAAGUGCGAAACUUCAAUUGAAGAAAUAGCGUACACGUAGCUCAUAAAUGUUUUAAUUUUGCUAGACCUAAAAAGUAAGAAAGUAUUUAGAAAAACGGUCCCGAAUAAGCACAUCGAGCCCUAAGCAGAUUGAAGUAAAGCAAGGGAAUGUGAAGUAACGUUAAAUGGAAUUUAAGAAAAUUGUAUUAAUUUUAAUAAACCUAUAUAAACAAUAAUUUGGACACUGCAAAGAUGUAUUCUUGGCACGUCCGUUUGUUUAGAAUAUCGGGAGAAUAAUAAUUUUAAAGGCAGUUAAAUCAACGCGUACGUAAACCUUUUGUGUGUAUGUAUAUGUAAAUGUUGUUAAACUAGCGCAAAUUAUACAAAAACGAUCAAAUAUACAUAUAAUUAAGUAUGUAUUGAACUACAACAAACAGGAAACAGGAAAUUAAACAAAUUUUAAGCUAAAAAGUAUAAUCUUAAAGCAUAUAUCAAAACACAAAAGGUAAUAAUAUAUAAUCAUAGACAUACUGGUAACGAAAGACAUAUACGUGUUUUAGCAAGAAAACUGAAUGAUUUUUUGAUAAUUUUACAAGGACCUCACAACGGACACCACACACAAACACACGCAUGCAGACAUAUGGUCACGCGUACAGAAGCGAACAAAUGUAAACAGAUAUGGAAGUUUAUAUAUAUUUAGAAAGGGAAAUUAUUUGUAUGUUGGAGCAAAGAACAAAGGAAAUGAGAAUAGUAAUAAAAGGCAAAUACAGAAAUGGUUAAAGAAUCAACUAAA